AUGCGCAUAUCUCAGAGCCCCGCCCUUCCCGUCAGCCCUUGGAACCCCACUCGAGGCAGCCAUAGCCGGAAGUGGCUCCGACACUUCCGCUCCGGGGGCGAGGAGCUGGACGGUUAUUCACGGCGGUUGUUCGGCCAAGGGCGGCUUCACAGGACUGAUCUGCAGUCGAGCCUCAGUUCUGCAGAGGGAAGAGACCCAGGGCUUUAUAGGAGUCAGGGUGAGGACCCUGAGAGAACAGUGAUGAUACCACUCACCCACAAACAGAGGAGGCAACAGAGAGUGCCCCCCUCCUUGUUCGCAGCCCUGAGGAGCCCAGAUCACCCGCUGUCCUACCUGCACUCCUGCCUGUUGUCCCUGACCACAGCCACCAUGCGUCGGGGUCAGCGGGCUACUACUCAGAGAAAGCUGGGCGCUAAGUCAUGUAGCACUCUCAAGAGUCCUCAGAGGGCCCGAGCCACCAGCACUAAGCCUGCAGGUGUUUCUCCCAGAAGAUCAUACAAAGGAGCCAAAGGCCAAACGGAGAAAAAGCAGAGGUCCUCUCAGGCCCCCGUCUCCACUGUGCGGUCUCGAAAACGCCCUCUAAGGAAGACAGCGAAUGUGUUGGUGCAGUUCCUGAUGCACAUGUAUAAAAAGAAGAAGCCUGCUAUGAAAGCACAUAUGCUGAAGCUGAUCCAUAAAAAGUACCAAAAUCGAUUCCUUGAGAUCCUCAGAAGAGCUUCUUUCAGCAUGGAGGUGGUAUUUGGUAUUGACUUAAAGGAAGUGGACCCUACCAAGCAUUCUUACACCUUUGUCAGCAAAAUGGCUCUCCCCAACAAUGGGGCCGUGAGCCGUGUCAGGGGGUUCCCCAAGACUGGCCUCCUGAUGCAUCUCCUGGGCGUGAUCCUCAUGAAGGGCAACUGCGCCACCGAGGAGACUAUCUGGGAAUUCCUGAGUAAGAUGAGAAUCUAUGCCGGGAAGAGGCACUUCCUGUUUGGGGAGCCCAAGAAGCUCAUCACCCAAGAUUUGGUGAAGCUGAAGUAUUUGGAGUACCGGCAAGUGGCCAACAGUGAUCCAGCGCGCUACGAGUUCCUGUGGGGCCCGAGAUCCUAUGCUGAGACCAGCAAGAUGAAAGUCCUGGAGUUCCUGGCCAAGGUCAAUCACACCGUCCCCAGUGCCUUCCAGUCUUGCUAUGAAGAGGCUUUGAAAGAUGAGGAAGAGAGAGCCCAAGCCAGUGGGUGUUCCAGUGUUCUGCCCAGCUCCUCCCACACAGAAUCUGGGGCAGAUCCUGUAUCCGUGGCUGAAGAGAGCGUUCAGUGUUCCAAGUAG